UCUUAUAUUAAUAUUGCAUAAUGUAAGUUUCAAUAAAAGUCCUGUCACGAAUCUGUACCGGAAGUAAUCCGAGCGAAUGAUCUCGCAUUGAAAACCUGUUACUGGAGUAAAGGGCAAAUACACGACAGGGUUGUGGAGAAAUUAAUAUUACACUCAUUGUAGCUGUUCGUCCUUCUUUCUCUUCCCAGCCCAGGUCACCGUCACGCCGCAGAAUGCUGCAGAAUACAGGGAAGCUUGCAGGAUGUACGUUCUUCAUCACUGGGGCAAGUCGGGGUAUUGGCAAGGCCAUUGCUCUCAAAGCCGCUAGGGAUGGUGCCAAUGUGGUCAUCGCCGCCAAAACCGCCGAUCCUCACCCCAAACUGCCUGGCACCAUCUACACAGCCGCAGCAGAAAUUGAAGCUGCGGGAGGAAGAGCAUUGCCCUGUAUCGUAGACGUCCGUGACGAGAAGCAGAUAAAUGAUGCUGUGGAACAGGCCAUUGAAAAAUUUGGAGGGAUUGACAUCUUGGUGAACAAUGCCAGUGCCAUCAAUUUGACAGGAACUGUGGAUACUCCAAUGAAGAAAGUGGACCUUAUGCUGGGCAUCAAUCUCAGGGGAACAUACCUGACGUCUAGAUUGUGCAUCCCACAUCUUCUGAAGAGCAAGAACCCUCACAUUCUCAACCUCAGUCCGCCUCUCAACCUUAACCCCAUCUGGUUCAAAAACCACACAGCGUACACUAUAGCAAAGUAUGGCAUGUCCAUGUGUGUUCUGGGAAUGGCCGAAGAGUUCAAAGGAUCUAUUGCCGUUAAUGCCUUAUGGCCCAAGACAGCCAUCCAGACGGCUGCCAUGGACAUGUUGGGUGGAGCCGAAGUGGGUAAACAGUGCAGGAAGGUGGAGAUCAUGGCUGAUGCAGCAUAUGCCAUCUUCAACAAACCUACCAGCUUUACUGGACAGUUUGCCAUUGAUGAGGACAUUCUCAAAAAGGAGGGCAUUAAAGACUUUGAUGUGUAUGCUGUUGAACCAGGUCAUCCGUUGCUUCCGGACUUUUUCUUGGAUGAACAGCCAGAGGAGUUAGUCAAGCAAAUGGAGGAGCAUGGUGCUACUCCAGUUUUUAAGAGUGGAAAAACCAGAGCAGAUUCAGCUACCCCUGGACCUAUUGCUGACACAUUCAACAUCAUCAGAGGAGUUCUCAAUCCAGAAAUUGUGAAAAGUACACAAGGAGUGUACAGGUUUGAUUUAUCAGGCGAGCAUGCUGGAGUCUGGUACCUUGACCUGAAGAAUGAUGCAGGAAGUGCCGGUAGUGGGGAACCACCUGCUAAAGCUGAUGUCGUCAUGACGAUGGACAGUGCUGAUUUCAUCAAGAUGUUUUCAGGGAAAUUAAAGCCAACCAUGGCCUUCAUGUCUGGGAAGCUGAAGAUUAAGGGUGACAUGGGUCUGGCCAUCAAAAUGGAGAAGAUGAUGGCCAUGAUGAAGUCUAAACUGUGAUAUGAUAGCUCUGUCUCCUGCCUUACUUCAUGUACAUGAUUCAACAUGUGUGUCAAUGUGCUCUUUUUCUAUAUCACUGUUUUCAAUAAACCAUCCGUUCAGCUGCUACUCAUUUCCCAUUUAAUUGUAUUAUCACUUCAUGCUAUUUAACACCAUUUCAUUACAACUGCCAGUUUAAUGGUAAAGAUAAAAAGUAGCCGUACAAAUACUUUGACUAAAUUGAACAUGGUGACCAUAUAGUUUUCACCAAAAUGCCAUAGCUGCUACAUUUAUUGCUACUUAAGAGUUUUGAAUGUGCACUUUUAUGUUUAACCAUUUAAUGCAUGGUAAUUUUCCCAAACACUUACAUAUUUGGAUAUUUAGAGACCCCGCACUUAAAAAAUAACAAAAUAAAAUAUAUUUUGAUGUUUUUAUAUUUCAUAAAUCAAAGGGAUAAUGCAACAAAUCAGGAUGAAUCUAGAACAGGAUUCAAUAUUUUCACACUGAAAUUUAAUGAGGUCCAACUGGCUGUCAAACACAUAUUGAGCUACACAUAAGAUACACAUACUGUACGUUACACAUGAUGUAUUUUCUCUGGCACUUAUUGAGUCUAAAUGGACACACAGCUUACACAAUUUCAGUAGUACACCCAAAUGACAACAGUCUGUUGAUGUGUUAUACUUGCUAUAGUUCAAUAUUGUUUCUACAUCAGCUAGCAAUGUCAGUCACUGCAAGCAUCACCGCCACCUUGAGUAAGAAAUAUGUAAAUGUUUCAAAAAUGUAUAAUAUGUACUGUACGCUUAUGGUAUACUGAUAAUUCACCAUUGUUGAUAAUUCAUUGUUCCACAGAAAGUCAACGUGAUACAGUAAUUAUUUGUAUGACUUUAAAACUCAUUUCUCUUGUAAUAAACAAAGACAUAAAUAUCCUGUUAUAGUAAACGAAAUAUUACAUAA